AAAUUGACAUUGUAUUGUAAUUGCUGAUAACAGGUUAUAUGAAGGUUCACUUUUACUGUAAAAAUCAGCUGAUUAUCAGUUAGAUAAUAAUUUCCUGAAAUUAAAUACUGUUUUGGACAUUCGGGGAAGAUAAACAGAAACUAAAGUGAAAGUUGACUAAGAUCUAUAUAUAUAAAGGAAUAUGACACGCAGUACAAGUCGGUUGUAACCUAGGCCACAAAACAGCUAUAACCAGUCAAAUAUAUGUCAUAAUUCAUGUUGUUGAAUAGUAAAAAAUACUAGUGUGGGUGUCUGGAGACAAGCUAUUUCCUGGUUGGUUUUGAGCAAUUAAGUGGUGAAAUUUGCAACCAUGAGUUUUUAUGGACAACCACCAUUUUGGAAUGGACCUCCAGAUCCAAUGUUUGUGCACAUGCAGACCCAGGUUUUCCAUCACAAGAAACAGACGGCCCAGCAGGCCUUGAAUGGUAACCGGUUACAGCAGGCUCUGGAGCUCUAUACCGAGGCCCUGCAAAUAGCACAAAGUCUGCCACAUUUAUUUCCUGAAAUUCCAAAAAUCCUCAGCAAUAGGUCCCUUGUGUACUACAGACAGAGGAAAUUUAAACCCGCCCUUGAUGACGCAAAUCUAAGCAUCAAUUUGGACCCACUUUGGAUUAAGGGAUACUGGCGAGCAGCGCAGGCCCACAAGGAACUGAGACAGGUGGACUUUACAUUGAGUGCAAUCAUAAAUGGAUACAAUGUGGCCGUCAGUCAGGAACAGGAGGAGGAGAUCAUUAGUUUCCUUGUGGAAAUUGUCUCCAUCAUUAUUACACUCAGAUAUGACCCCCAAAACAUUCUGGAGAAUUCAGAAAUUCAUCCAAGCAGUAUUCAGACACAGAGAAAACUGCUGCAGCGAUUAGCCAGCAACAACUGUUGGGAGGGGGUCAGUCUGCUGGUGAUGGGCGUCCACGCCGGUCCUCCCAGUACCCUGGAUGCAUCCGCAGCUAGCUGCCCGGUAGAUAACCUCUCGGUUGGAAAUCUUCUGAAGAAUAUCACCAUACCAGAACUGAAGAGGUUUGGUGUGGAGUUGGCAGUUUGUCUCUUGAAGAGUGGUGCAUCAUAUGAAGACAUUGAACAGAAGAUGGAGAAACCUGUAAUUCACGUGGGUCUGAAAGUUGCACUUGACACAGGAAAUAUCAGUUUGAUAAAACUGAUGUUCAGUCAGUAUUUGAAAACACCGGAGACAAAGGAUGCUUUGGACAGGGAGGGUAGAACAGCAUUUCAUGUACUGGUGCAUUCUGGGAAAAUCAAUGAUUCCAUUGGCGAGACCCUGCUUCGCAUUCUGAUCAACAAUGGCUGUCAAUCAUCCAUCCCAGACAGGAACGGCAAACUUGCCAUCGAUUAUCUCACACCAAAUGAUCUUGGCUUCAGUAUCUUGUCCACCACCACAAAAGUUGCAGGUAGCCAUGUGAAGGUCAAAGUCAUAGAGAUGAAGGAGAAAGGAAAUGCAGCAUUUAAAAACAGAGAAUAUGAGGAAGCCUUGAUUUUCUAUAACCGAGCUAUAUCCAUGAUGAAAGGUUAUGAAAAUUUGACUCGUGAGGCAGCAACAGUGCUAACUAACCGAUCUAUUGUUCACUCUAACCUACAUAGUGUAACAGAGGCCUUGGAAGAUGCUGAAGAAGCAGUCAGGUGUGACCCAACAUGGAUGAAGGCACACUGGAGAAGGGGCUUAAUUUUAAGACAGAAGAAGCUAUUCCGAGAGUCUUUUAGUGCCUUUUUGGAGGGUUAUCGGAAAGGAGAUGGCACUGUUUCAGAAAAAUUGAACAUUCUUGUGGAAGCUGUUGCAUCCUUUUCAAAUAUCACAGAAAAGCAGGAGUUGGAGGCUAGUUACAAAGGUCUAUGUAAAGUUAGCAGUGAAGUGUGGCUGGAGGUCCUGACUAGACUGAGUGCCCGAGGGGAAUGGGCGGCCAUCAGAUACCUGGUCCUGGGCAUAGACUUCCAAUAUAUUAAUGGAGAAGUGACCCCAAGUGGUUUAGCGAGAGAUGCAGAUUUGCAAGGGAUUACCUAUAGCUCACUGUUCCAGUACCUGGAAAGCCAUGAGGAUCCGACUUCCCUGAGUGGGUGGAUCAGCCCUUUAGUCCUGUUCCUUAUUACACAGAGGGGAGGCCUAGUAACAUUACUGAGAUUCCGAGCAUCGGAGGAGGACACACCUUUCUCUGCUGCUGUUAGAUUUUGUGCACUAACGGGAGACAUUGCAUUAUUACAAAACAUGCCAGGUAAACAAAGGCCUGAGAUGAGCGAAUUUGUGGACGGUAGAGGGGAUUCCCCUUUCCACACCCUCUUUAAGAUGUCCCGUUGUCCUCAGGGAAAGCUCCUGGCCACCAUAGUGAGACUGCUGCUCCAGAAGGGCGUGUCUCCAACAGUGCGUGACCAAAGUCAGCUUCUACCCAUUGACUACGUGAAUCCCAGCAAUAACAAAGAGGUGUAUGGCAUACUGAAGAAAUACACACAACCCACAAAAAAUGUCAAACCAAUAGAGAAAGCCAAAGAGAAAUUACCAGAAAAGUCACAGACCUCAAAGACUAUUGCUAAACCUUCAUCAUCCGAGAGUAAACCUGAAAGGGCAAAGAAACCCCCGCUAACAAAAACCAACCCCAAGGUGCAGGAACUCAAAUCUGCAGCCAAUGAGAUGUUUAAGAACGGAGCCAUUCCUACUGCUUUAGAUAUGUAUACAAAUCUCUUGGAGUACAUUUUUGAGAAGUGCCAAGGUGAAGUGGAUAAUCACGAGAUAGCUGUUAUUUAUGGAAAUCAAGCCGAGUGCCUGUUGAAAAUGGGUCUCUAUCAGGAAGCUUUCAAUGCAGCAAUAGAGAGUGUCAGCUAUGAUGGGCACUGGUUUAAGUCACAUCUAAGAGUUGGAAAAGUCCAAGCAGCGAUGGGGAGAUUUGAGGGGGCCCUCCAAGCCUUCGGUAAUGCCUGCCAGGAACUGGAAGAUUCACCAGAAAACUUCAAUAUUCGACUGGAGAUUCUGGCAGAGCUAGCCAGCAGCGUCCCCAAGGAGAAGAUCAAUGGACAAAUGAUGUUGUUGGACUUGAGAGGUUGUAACAAGCAGGCCUGGGCUGUCACAGCUUGUAACCUCAUAGCAAGAGGGCAAUGGGAUAGUGCCAGAUUCGCCUAUUUUCAGCAUUCCAGAAGACCAGCCCAUAGAGGUGUAGACGAUAUCAAUGAGGUCAAGGUCAAUUUUCAGCCUCUGUGCGACCUUCAGCGGAUUGUUCGUGAGAAAUGGGUGAUGGACUUGAUAAUGUUUUUGAUCUAUAGAGGAGCGGACUACCACACAAUAAGUCUGGAGAGAGGAGACACAUAUUUUCAUGCUGUGGUUCGGAUGACCCUUGUAACUAACAUUAUGGAACUGUUCAUGAUCAUGCUGGAUAAGGUGAGUGAAAACCAUGACCAUAAUCUCCAGGACAGCCAGGGAAACACAGCCCUGCAUGCUGCCACCCGACAGGACGAGGCCCAGCCUCACUUCAGAUUCCAGAUCAUCUCGAUUUUGUUGGAGAUUCAGGUCAACCCUAUGAUGAAGAACAAGGCAGGGAAAUAUGCAGUCCAGUACCUCCCUCAGGGGGAGCUCCAGGCCGUGUCUCUACUUCAUCAGGCUAUGGCGGAUCAGGAAGCUAUAGAGAAAGAAGUGCAGAAACAGAAACAACGACAGGAACAGGAGAAGCAAAGACUGGAGAAACUGAGGCAGCAGGAGGAGCGACAGAGACAGAAGGAGGAGAAACGGGAGGAGGGGGAGAGGAGGCGGCUAGAGAGGGAAGAGGCGGAGAGGAAGCGACAGCUUCAGAACCAGAGGAAGGCCGAGGAGGCCAGGAAAAAAGAGCCUAUGAAAAAUUUGACAUUGGAUUCGUAUUGUAAAGAAUACUGUGAGCCAAGGAUAGAUGAAGCAAAAGUAUUUCUGCAGGAAAACAACAUGAGACAUGCAUAUUUGCGCCUAGCGGAAGUAUUAAAGAAAGACCACAGAUCAGAGAAGCACAAGAAGAUGGAGAAAAAAGCAUUAGAUAUUGUAAUUACCUCCCUUGGAAGAUCACUUAACCCAGAAAUUCCAGAUAAACUUGCCAAGAUACCUCACAAACUUUAUGAACAGAUCAUCAAUGGUUUAGCAGCCAAUGAGAAGUGGAGACAAAUGUAUUUCACAGUCAAAGAACACAGGCUUCACUACGGAGACUUGUCUCUUCCCAACUUUGCCAAAUCUAUGUCCCUGGCCAAGGUCAUUCGACACUCGUCCUUCCAGGGGUCAGAACAACUCUUGGUUGACGUAGUAGACUGCAUGCUGAAUGGAGGAGCUGUGUUAGAUAAAGAUGGAAAGUUGGCCAUUCUUGCUGCUGUACAGGAGUGCCAAUUCAAAGUAUUGGAAGUUUUGUUGAAAUGGGGUGCAAACCCAGUCCAUCUCACCAUUAAUCAAGGAGACACACCCAUUCAUGCUGCAUUGUCUAUAGCCUUGGAAAGAGACAAAGGAAAUUUUUCAAUCUUGAACUAUUUCUUUGAUUUGUAUGAGAAGGAUCCAGAGAUGUACCCCAUGUUGGACCCAGCACAGACAAAUUCGGAUGGAGACGGUCUUUUCCACUUGGUAGCUAAAGCUAAAUACAGUGCCACCACUCAGAAGGCAACAGAACUUCUGUGUGACAAGAAACUGAAUGCCUUGGUGUUAAACAAAGAGGGAAAACUUCCUAAAGAUUACCUCAACUCCAAGAAUGAUCGGCGGUUACAGUUCUUCAGGUUGGCAUCAGUUGGAGGUGUAGUGAAGCCUAAGAAGAAACCAAAAGCCAAAACUUUGAGAAUCGAAGAAUCCAAAACUCAGACAGAAGAUCAAACAGAAGAUGAGCAAGAUCUUAUGUUAGAUGAGAGACAAGAUGAAACUCCACCCAGAUCUGAAGAAAUCCGAGAUGAAAAAUAUAAACAGGUUGUCCCCAUGCACAAAGAAGUUGUGAAAAGACACAUUGAAGAAAUGAUUUACAAUUUACCGGAUAUUCCUUAUUCCAUCUUUAAUCCAAAAGUAGUUAAAAUAGACGAGAUUCCAAACUUUCGACAAAAGAAAGAGCCAAGUGAAGAAAAGGACAAAUCGGAGGCACCUGCUAAGUUGGAGGAAAUGAAUGUACCAGAAGUAGAGGAGCCUCAGGAACCAGGGGAGGAGCAGGAAGUGGAGAAUGAGGAAUUUGAGAUUGAUCCCCAAGUCUUUGAUAAUUUGGAAUGGGAAGUAGAGUGUACAGCUGAUGUUUGGAAAACAUUACGGGACAAAAAAGUUCUCCCCGAGCUGAAGCAGAGAAUUAUUAGAAAGAUCCAGCUCCUGGCUAAAGGGGAAUGGACCACACAUCUGUGUAAGGAACUGAAAAAUGUCCCACCUACCCUCAAACUGUACGAAGUCAAGCUCAGUAAAGCUAGCAGAAUUAUCUGGGAAUUGGCGAUAGCAUUUUCACCAAGACUGAGUGAGGAUGCAGAACAGAGGCUGCAGUAUGCUGAAGAUGAAGCAGACCAGCCGGUCCGUGGGGGUAGGAUUUACUCUGAGGUCAUUAGAGUCUGGGACAUCGUGUUCGACCAUGACAAGAUAUUUAAGUCUGUACAGCGCAUCAUCAAAUCCCAUUCCAGAGGAGAGGAAUGUAUAAUUCAAAAAAAGUUAAAAGGAGUCAAACAGGAUCAAUUCAAGGGAGUGAAUGUUAAGAGAUUCCCAAUGGUCUUUGCUGAGAGUGAUUUUGAUGUGGAUGUUAAUGCCCUGAAGGAAUAUCAAGAAAGCUUGCAGAGAUACUACCCUCCAGCCAGUUCAAAUGAGACUGAAUACCACAUUCUGAAAUUCUACAAUUUCGACUCUAACUUAGUCAGUCAUGUUUUGCAAAAUCUUGAAGUGAAAGUGGAUUUCCCAUUCAGGGUGACUGAUUUGGAACAUGCCAUUAUCAACCUUAAGUCCAAGGCUCCGAUUUUGUUGCUCGGUCGCAGUGGUACAGGAAAGACCACCUGUUGUCUGUAUAGACUUUGGAGUCAGUUUGUUUCAUACUGGACUGGGGCAGUAGCUGCUGAUUCCAAACUGCUGCCAAGAUGUCAGAUCUUUCAACAGGAUGAUGAUGUUGUUGAUGAAGAAAAUGAGGACUCUGAAGAAGACACAUCUGAAGAAGAAGCAGCUCCUGCAGAAGCAGCUGAAAAUGAGGAAGAAGAAGAAGAAGGCCAGUGGUAUGAUCAUCUCCACCAGGUCUUUAUUACAAAGAAUGUCGUGCUGUGCAGUGAGGUUCAGAAGAACUUUAAGGAGUUGAGUCAUGCCUGUGAUGUAGCCAGGAACUUUGUGUCCCAGGAGGAACAGCCCCUCCCCUACAGGAUCCAGGACCUGGGGGAUAACCAGUUCCCCAUCUUUAUCACCUCUAAGAAACUGCUCCUGAUGCUAGACGCCUCACUGAAGGGGCCUUGCUUCUUUGAGAGGAAUGAAGAUGGAAGUUUAAAGGUUGAAGUCCAGGGAUGGGCUGAGUCAGAUGGAGCCUUCAGCUUCCUGCCUAUGCUAGAGGAAGGAUCAGAUGAUGAAGAUGAGGAGGAUGAAGAUGACCAGUACCAGGACGCUGAUGACAGCGAAGAUGACGACAACGACCAGGGUACACAGAAUCGACCGCGUAAAAAAGUGGAUCCGCGGAGGGAGGUGACCUAUGAAGUGUUUGCGGAGGAAGUUUGGCCCCGGAUCAGCAAGAAGUGGUCCACACGAUACCACCCCUCUCUGAUCUGGAUGGAGAUUAUGUCUUUCAUCAGAGGCUCCUUUGAGGCGCUGUCAAAGCCUUUGGGGUACCUGUCCAAGGAAGAGUACUUGGAUUUGGGGAGAAAGCGGGCUCCUAAUUUCUCUGGGGAAAGGGAGCACAUCUAUGAUAUUUUCAAGAAAUAUGACCAUUUCAAGAGACAGAAAUUCUUGUUUGAUGAAACAGAUUUAGUUCAAAAUGUGUUCAACAGGCUGAAGAAAGAGAAAGAGAUGAAGUGGAUUAUCCAUCAGAUUUAUGUGGACGAGACUCAGGACUUUACCCAGGCUGAACUGUGUCUCCUUCUGAGGGUGUGUCACUCCCCUAACGAGAUGUUCCUGACUGGAGACACCGCCCAGAGCAUCAUGAGGGGUAUAGCCUUCAGGUUCAAUGACCUUCGCUCCCUCUUCUUCUACGCCAAAAAGUCCAUGCAUGCCAUUGGAAAGUCUUCCGGUGUAAAAGUGCCAAAGAAGGUCCAUCAGUUAACCCACAAUUACCGGUCUCACGCCGGAAUUCUGUCUCUGGCCUCCAGUAUCCUGGAUCUGAUGGUGGAGUUCUUCCCAGAAUCUUUCGACAGACUGAAGAAGGACCAAGGGCUGUUCCAGGGACCUCCUCCUGUCCUUCUAGAAUCCUGCAGCUUUAGUGAUUUAGCUGUGCUUCUACGUGGAAACAAAAGAAAAACUUCCCACAUUGAGUUUGGUGCCCAUCAAGCCAUCUUGGUUGUAAAUGAGGCUGCUCGGGACAACAUUCCGGAGGAACUCAACCUUGGAUUGAUCCUAACCAUUUACGAGGCCAAGGGACUGGAGUUUGAUGACAUCCUUCUUUACAACUUCUUCAAAGAUUCUCAGGCUAUUAAAGAAUGGAGGGUAGUGACAGAUUUCCUUGAAAAGUUGGCAGCAACAAACGAGCAGAGCAGUAUACACAGCUCGGAGAGUUUGGUGUCAAUUAAUGCAGAUGUCCUCAAACUUGGUGAUCGUCCUCGACCUUUAGCCUUUGACCCCAACCAACACAAGGUUUUGAAUUCAGAGUUGAAGCACCUGUACACUGCAGUCACAAGGGCCCGUGUUAAUGUGUGGAUAUUUGACGAGGAUCGGGACAAAAGAGCACCUAUGUUUGAGUAUUUCAAGGCUCACAAAUUGACAAGGAAUAUUACUAGUGCUGAAGUAGAAAAUGACUCUGCUGGAGGUAUGUUUGCGGAGGAGUCUUCCACAGAGCAAUGGCUGCAGAGAGGGGGAGAGUUCAUGAAGCACUCCUUGUAUGAGGUAGCAGCAAAGUGUUUCAACCGCGGCAAGAACUACCACAUGGAAAAAAUUGCCAAGGCACACCAGUCAGCCCUUUUAGCCUCAAGAAUGAAAGACACCCCUGCAAAAAUGAAAGAAGCAUUUUUAAUGGCAGCAGAACAAUUUUUGGAAUGUGAGCAGCCAAACAAAGCAGUCAAAUGUCUACAGAACUCCAGAGAGAGAGAGCUAGUGGCUCACUUAUAUGAGAAAAUGAAUCAGUUGGAAAAAGCUGGAGAGACUUAUCGUAAACUAAAGCGUCCAAUUGAGGGAAGCAGGUGCUAUGAACAGCUCGGGAAAUUCAAUCUGGCUGUGGAGACUUUGGUAGAGAACGAUCUGUAUGAAAUGGCCAUUGAUACACUGAAGCGAUACAAAAGUCUUACAAAGGAACUUGAAACACAGUUGACGCCCCCACCCAGAAUUCUGAUAGACAACGCUCCAGAUCGCAGACAUACAGUGGAGAGUUUGAGUUAUAAGGCAGCAGAGGCCUAUCACCGCUCCAAAAACAAGGAGAAAAUGAUCGCAGCUCUAGAGCGACUGCGAAACCUUGAGGAGAGAACAGACUUCUUGAUCCACAAAAACUACAUUGAGGAAGCUGCAAAAAUGUUUCAAGAAGCUGGCAUGCUUGCAGACGCUGUGGAUCUGUACACUAAGAAAGGUAUGAACAAAGAGGCUCUACAGUGUGCUCAGAAAUCACAGGACAAAAAUGCAAUAGGACAGAGUCUUGUCUUGGACAGCAAGAUACGACUCAGUCAGUACAAAGACUUUAAUGACAUAGAGGAAGAAGUCAAAAACGAAAUAUGUGAAAACCUGAACCAAGCAUUUUACUCUCUGCAAGACUUGGAAAACAAGCUAGCGGCAGGUGAAGCAGCCUUCUUAACUGGAGAACUAACAGGAAGGACCGAGUUCAUCAACAAAGCUUUUGGGGCAUUUUCCAAAUCACGCCCAAGGUCAGAAAUAGGCCAACUUGAGUGCAUGCAUUGGAUGGUUCACAACUCUAACCUUUAUGAAAGAGAAAAUCUCAGGAAAUGUGUCCUUGGAAUGCAGAAUCUUUUUGUAAAUUUGUUUGUGCUUGCAAAGCAUAAUACGGAAAAGGAAAGAAACCGUCUGCAAGAAAUUUUCAAAUUCUUUGGAUUUUAUCCUGCAGAGGAAGAGAAUAAACUUGUUUAUUACCCAAAACAGCAACCAAGAGCCCUGUUGGUAAUGUCAAACAAAAACAGAGAAGUUUUUAGAUGUAAAGAAGACAAAGAUAAAAUUAGGGAAAAAAUAUUCAAAUUUUUGGAGGAACGAGGAGUCGUAUGGAAGAAAAAACUAGAAAAAGUCAUCAUCGAUUGCAGAAACAAGAAUAAGCAAUGUCCAGCUAUUAGGCUUGGGGAGACAUGUAAAAAUUCCCAAGAUGAAAAUUCAGAUGGUCAGACUUGCCCUUUUCUCCAUGCUCCUCUGAAACCCAAGAAAUUUGAUCUUCUUACUGAAUAUGACAUGCUAGCUAUAGAACUGGAAGUGCAUAUUCAUCAUGGAGCAGAAGAUGUCAGAGCCAUGGAGCCAGAUUUUGAUAAAGAGGGACGCUUUAUAUCUAAUGAGUUGGAAGAAAGGUACAAGGCAUGCAGUUGGUUACUGGAGGAUCUCAUUCCACAAAAUUAUCACAAUGCUAUCAUAUCUUCAGGCCCUGAAAGGUCUAGAGAUCUGAUAAAAAAGUUGAGAUAUUCUAAGUAUGUCAAAAAAAGAAUGAUACGAUAUUUGAAGGGUCUGUUUGAUAAAAUGGAAAAAUUUGAGAGAAAAGACAACAUCAAAGUAUUUGUCAUGAUUCGAUUUGUCAUUCCUUUGUUAAAUCUGGAAAUGAAGCCUAAACUUGAUGAUCUCAUGUCAAGAUUUGAAGACUCUAUGAAUAAGGAAUGUUCUAGAAAAGAACGAAGGAGAAAGAAAGAAUGGGCAAUGAAACUAGGACUCAUGAUAGAUGAUAGUGAUGGAAAAACUUAUGUCCGCUCAAUUGCAAGAAGGUUUUGUGAUGGGUAUGAAGAGAUUACAGGAAUGAACAAUAAUCCCUCUGAAGCACUGAUACAGUUUACCAAGUUUUGUGCUCUGUUGAGCAAUACUGGCAGUGUUGAAGUCCUCCCCCAUUACAACCAGCUCCUGUUGUGGAUGGAAUAUUUUACUACCGUUGCCUUUUGUUUGACAGCCAAAGUACAAAAUACACCGAGCUUCUUCUUUGUGAUCCCAAACUCUUACAUUGCAGUAGUCUAUUUCAUAGAUUCAACAUUUGUUCAGGAGAGAGGUGUACCAACUUUUGAGGCUGUUCAGAGGCAUAGAAUGUGGAAAAGUGCUCUAGACACCAAGUUGUUUCAGGAUAGAUUAAAAAAAAUGGUUGAAAUUAUUUGUGGGCUUACAAGUGACACAAAAAUAAACCUUCUUAGCCUCAUAUUUCAGUCCAACAACCCCGACACACCUAUUACUCAUGAGGCCUAUGGCAUUGCAGAAAGGCUACUUGUUCUUGUCCUUGUGCUGGUUUGCAAUCUAGGUAAAAGUGUAUAUCCUAUGGUGGAAACUAAACUGAUGAGUGAGCUGUGUAAAAUCAAAGUCUGGGAGGAAUACCCCAGCAGGCUGUCAGAAGCUCUUAAGUCAGUGCAACAAGCAGGAUCUCCAGCAGAGGUAGCAAAGGCACUCCAGGUUCUGCUCUCAAAGAGAGAAAAUGACUCUCUAGGUUAUUGUAUUUGGGAUAAUUCUGACAGAAGGAAUGGACUGCGAACACAGGAGUUGAAGGCCAAAGAGCUUAGUAAGAAGUUCUUCCUUGAAGAGGAAACGCUUCAGGCCAUGAACAACCCUCAUGACAUUGUGUCCAGUAAACCAAGGACAGAGAUAGAUGAAGAUGAUGAGAUGGAUACCCCAAUCUCAAUGGAGGAGAAAAUGGAGAUUGACAGAAUAAGAAAGGAGAAAGAGAGAAGUGAAAAGGAAAAUAAAGCAAGGAAGAUAAUUGACCGGGUCAUACGAAGAUUCAUUUUCUGUUCAAAAGCAAAAAAAUUGUCUGAACGUGUUAAACGUCAAAUAAGCAUAGAGAGGAAAGAGGAGAAACUGAAAGUAUUUAACUCCAUACAGAUAACUAACACAGUGUGUGGUAUUUGUGGUGUACAGUUUAAAGAAAGGAGCCCGGGUUUUUUGUUUCCUGUGGACAGACAAACUUCCAAUGACUCUGAAUCCUCUGGAUUAUUACAACCCCCAAGUCCAUUGCAGCUGCCACAGCCAAAUCAUGAAAUGGUGCAACAAAUUCAAACAACUCCAAGUCCGGAUAAAGUAAUGGACAAUCCAUUUGCCUCAUUGCUUGAAAAUCACCCCAUGUUUAUGUCUCAGAAAAGUUUUGAAGAUGCAAAUCAAGAAACACGAGAAGAACAUGAAAAAAGUGAAAAGCAUAAAGAAAUGGUCAAAUUUUACCAACAUUUUCGACUCAAAUAUAUGCAGGAGAUAUCUGAUCCUUUUCGUGAAGUACGAGACUUUAUGCAGCGUUAUAAGCUUGGAUCAGCAGAAUUGGUAGAAAAACACUUUAAGGAAGAGACUUACAACAUUGGAAUUCUACGUAGACAAAGGGAAUCCGUGGAAAAUAAAAUAGAAAAUAUUAUCAAAGGGUGUGAGUGGCAAAAUGGGGAAAUUUGGGGGGAGGUACAGGAGAUGAUUGGUUCCUACCACUUGAUCAAAGACUAUGUGGAGACUGAAGCACGCAAGAGAAAAGAGAGAUCAGAAAAGCAGAGAGAAGCUGACUUAGCCAAGAACAAACAAGAAAUUCAAGAUGACGAUUUGGAAGUUAUUGAGCCAGUUGUUGAUGAACCUAAAGAGAGGCGACCAAAAGGACGAGGGAAGAGAAAAAGUCAAAGGCGAUGAAAAGACACCCACUGUUAUCUGAAAGCUGUAAAUAGUAGUGAAGUCUAACUCAAUGCUUUCUCCCUUACUUCUGUUGAUGAUUCAGUUUUGACAUUUCCUAUUUAAAGUGGAAUGCAUGCUAAAAAAAAAUUGACUAGUAUUUUAUGGAUUGUUAAAGUAUCAUAUCUGAAACAUGAUUUCGUUGUUCAAAGAAUGAUAUAUGUUUUUUUUAUGUUAUAUGUUUUUUUUUUUCAUUUUUGUGUAAGAAAUGGAUGAUCUGUUUUGGCUGCAAGUAACAAACUGUUAAAUUUAAGAAUUGGUGUUAAUGAAUGCAGAUAUUAUUAUUUAAUAAAUCAUAGCCAGUAAUAAAGUAAAUAAGAUGUUUUAUUUAUUUUAAUAAAAACGAAAAUCAUUUUUUGUAAUAUUUUUCAAACCUUUUGAUUAAAUCUAGUAUAGAGACGUGCUUUGCAGAGAAAAAAUACUAGACAUUUUUUGAAAAGGUCAGUAAAAUUGGCGAAAUUUUUUAAAUAUUGCUAAUAUUCAGAAUUUGACCGAAUCCAAUUAAAAACUAAUCCCCAUCUGAAUUACAAAAACGUAAAUAUCAGCAAUAUAUCUUAAUUUGCAGCCAAAAAUCAAUUUCAUUUGUUUAAUUCAUGUACAGACUAUAUUACUACUAAAUGUUUUAAUUUAGAUUUCACCAAUUUGAUUCAAUUUAUUCUUUAAAAAUGAUUGCCUUACAUUUCUUCUCUAUAUUAAGAAAUGUGUCUAUAAAAGACUUCAUCAUGUACGGGUUUGAAAAAUGUUCAUAAAUUUUGAUGAAAAAAGGUAAAACGUCUUGUAUUUGACAUAACUGGACAUGAAUGAUUAGAUAUUAAUAUGCAUUCACACCAAAUUUUAAUCUCUACAACGUGUUACAGACUUGCAACCAAAACAGAUUUUUCACUUUCUCAUUUAAAAACAAACAAAAU